CGGGAGCGGCAGGUGCCAGGCGCAGCUCGGCGUUCUGUGGGGCGGCUCCUCCCCCCUCCUGGGUGUGUGUGUGAGGAGGAGGCGGCGGCAGGUUGUGGCUGGGAGGCUGGGCUCGGAACUGCCCGGGUUCUCCACCUCCCCCCACAGCGCGCCCGGGGACACAGACCGUCUGGCGGCAUGAACCGGACCCACCGCAGCGCUGGGGGUAGCCGGGGCCUCGGCACCAUGGAAGUGAAGAGCAAGUUUGGAGCUGAAUUUCGACGGUUUUCUCUGGAAAGAACCAAACCUGGAAAGUUUGAGGAGUUUUAUGGAUUAUUGCAGCAUGUGCACAAGAUCCCCAAUGUUGAAGUUUUAGUUGGGUAUAUAGACAUUCAUGGAGAUCUGCUGCCUAUCAACAACGAUGACAAUUAUCAUAAAGCAGUUUCCACAGCCAAUCCUCUGCUCAGGAUUUUCAUUCAAAGAAAAGAAGAUGCGGAUUACAGUGCCUUUGGUACGGAUACUAUGACAAGGAAGAAAAAUGUCUUAUCAAAUGUGUUGCGUCCGGAUAACCACAAAAAGAAACCACAUAUUGUCAUUAGCAUGCCGCGAGACUUCAGACCGGUGUCGUCUAUUAUUGAUGUGGACAUUCUCCCAGAAACCCAUCGCAGGGUGCGACUUUACAAAUAUGGAACUGACAAACCACUUGGAUUCUAUAUACGGGAUGGCUCUAGUGUCAGAGUAACACCACAUGGAUUGGAGAAAGUACCAGGGAUUUUCAUAUCCAGACUUGUUCCUGGAGGCCUGGCUCAAAGCACAGGCUUACUGGCCGUUAAUGAUGAAGUACUGGAGGUAAAUGGAAUAGAAGUCUCAGGGAAGAGUCUUGAUCAAGUUACAGACAUGAUGAUUGCAAAUAGCCGUAACCUGAUCAUUACAGUGAGACCAGCAAAUCAAAGAAAUAAUGUUGUUAGGAACAGUAGGACUUCUGGGAGCUCAGGUCAGUCUACUGAUACUAGUCUUCCAGGUUACACACCACACACUGUGCAGAACUUCCAUCCAGAAGAAGAAGACAGUGAUGAAGAUGACAUCAUUAUUGAAGAUAAUGGUGAGCCACGGCAGAUUCCAAAAGCUGCCCCUACCAGUGAGAGUCUGGAAUCAUUAACGCAAAUUGAACUCCUUCAUGAGUCAACACAAAAUGGUUUCAUUCCAUUUAGUGAAGUAAACUUAUGUCAUUCAGCAGUCAAUGUUAACAUGGAGUAUGAAAUACAGGAUCCAGACAAAAAGUCCUUAGAAGAUGGAACAAUUAUAACGUUAUGAAACUGCCUCAAUGGUGUAUUUUACGUUAACUGAAGAUGCCAUACAACUUUUAAUUUUGGUUGAUAUAUAAUGCAAUUUAUACCUCUCAACCUACCAGUCCUUAAGACCUGCAAACAAAUGUAAGGAAAAACAGUAAAUGCAGGAAGCUUAAAAUUAUGUGGGCUGAUUAAUGUCAGUUUUAUAAUUCUGUAGUUCCAUGUAAAUAUUUUGUAAGGAUACAAGGUAGAUGACCCUGGCUGUGAUGGGACAGCGGUAAAAUGAAGGAUGGUUGAGAGGUAUUGACUGCAUAUUUACUUCCAGAGGUACUUAUACUACUGGUUUUAAAGAGUAAAUUUCCAUUACCAUGUGAGGUGGAGCAGAUAGUGAAGCUGCAUGUCUAAUCCGAAUUUAUGGUCAUGUGCGUUUACCCCUUAAUGACACAAUUAACAAUGAUCUUAAAAUUCUAAUGUGAAAGUCUUACUACUACUCGUCUUGUACCUUGAAGACCAGUUCUCUUCUCUAAGGCCUUGGCUACACUGGCGCUGUACAGCGCUGCAACUUGCUGCGCUCUGGGGUGUGAAUACGCCCGAGUGCAGCGCUGUAAAGCGCCA